AUGCCCGUCGUCGACGACGACACUCCCACGGUAUGGGUCAUCUGGGGUAGCCAGUACGUCGCAAAAGCGCUAGUGGCGUUAGACGCUCACGGCAUCAAGCACUACGUCCGACGAGGCAAGCUGGGCACCGGCGGACUGGAGGAUCUCCCGGGCGGCGGUAAGCUCGUGCCCGUGCUCACCGCGGGGAACGACGUCGUCGUGCCGGACUCCGAGGCUAUCCUUCGAUGGGCGGAGAAGACUCGGGGCGCGAAUCUGUAUCCGACGGCCCAAUGCGCCGAGUGGUCGGAGCGCGCCUCCGACGGGUUCCUGCCCAACGCGGUGCUGUACUACAACUGGAUCGAACCGAAGGGAUACGCCCGAUCGAUGCGGGCCAAGUUCGCGUCGUUCGUGCCCUGGUACGCGGGCGGGGGCACGUGCAUCGCGGGAUACCUGGUGGACUGGGGGACGGCCAAGAAAAGGGCGGAGUUCGCGGAGAAGGCGUUGCCCGAGCUUUCCAAGCACCCGGACGUCGGAACCCUGGAGGGACGUGCCGACGCGGUCGCCAAGGAGCACGUCAUACGCGAGGCGCUGGUCAAGGAGCUCAUGCACUUCCAGUCUGGUUUGGCGAAUGACGCCGCCGGGUACCUGUGCGGGGGCGAAGCGCCCACCGCCGCGGACUGUUCCGUGUUCGCGCAGCUGGAGAGGCUGGUGGGUUCCAUGGGGGACGCGGCGGUUCCCGCGUCCGUGCCGGGUCUGCUGGACGACACUAGGCUCGGGGCGAUUAAGAAGUGGAGGGAGAUGAUGGUGGAGAAGCACCCGAUCAGGUACGGGGGCAAACGGGCUCCGACGGCGAAGUAG